UGCCUCGCCGUCAUAUCCUCCACAGUCUUCAUUCUCCUCGCUCUGCUUUCAUCAUCGAUUCCUUCUCCGUCUGCCGAAACCUCCCUGUUCCUGUUUUCGAGCUUCAGCGGAGCCCGGCCGUGCGCGCGGCGCGCGUGCGAGCGCGGCGUCUGUGUGUGUGUCGGCGUGUGUAUGUGUGUGUGCGCUAGAGGCUUAUGGUAAUUGCGGUCUCCCGACUGGCCUUCUGGGUAGAGUCUGCGUGAGUGGGAGUGGAGCGAGUCUCUCGGUCUCGACAGCGCUCAUUCAGUGCGGCACUCCCCGUCCAGCUCCGCGCGUCCUCGCUGCGAACCGGGGCUCCCACCGGGCUCGCCUUCGAUCUCCACACAAAACAAACGACGCGGAACCGCUUGUGCUCACUUGGACCUUCCGGAGAGACGGCGCGCUCCGUGCCAGCGGACAUGGCGCGAGCGUGAGCGGGAGAAAGACGGCGUGCUCCGCUGAAAGCCAACAUGGCGCUGCUGCGAGCGAGACUCCGGCCGAGCUGAAGCCCCGAACCUCCGCCACCUGUGUCCUCUCAGGAUCGGAACCUCUCCGACCCGACCCGCUGGAGUUUGUUGCCCUCUUGCCCGGGAUCUUCCUGUCUGUCCAGAAGAACCAAAAGUCCGUUCGUCAUUGAUGGAGUUUUUAGUGAAACAACUUUAAUUAAAAAAAAAAUAUUGAAGCUCACUAUUUUUUUCCUUUACGCGCUGAAAGUGGAUACUUGUGCCAUUUGACUUUAAGUUGUUUGUCCGACCGACUCUAACUUGGACCGGGUCUGGAUCCAACACCAGCGAACCAGGGCAACAUCUGUUCGUGAUGUCAGUGCUGAGCUACAGACCAACCUGGAACUAAGACAAGGAAACCACAUCACACGAAACAUGGUGGAUGCAAGGUUAACCCCCCUGGCAGCUAUGGGGCUGGACAGAGGCGCCCUGAUGCACGAUGGUCUUCGUCUUCAUGGCGGUGUUGUAUAUCCAGGGAUCCGGACGAUGCCAGCUGAGAAGGGCCGGGAUCAGCCUGUCCUUCCCCUCGGUUAUGGCAGGGAUGGCCUCCCAGAGAUGAUGUACAAGCCUGACGGCCCCCUUGACAGUCGCAAGCCCAAUAAUGGAUACAUGGGCCUCUACAAGGGCAUCCCUCCAAGUCUUCACAAGCCUGUGCUGGUUCCUGGAGCCGGAGCUGAGAAUUUAGGCUUGGAUCGCAGAGUAGGGCCUGGGGACAAAGCAACUGAACUGAGCUUGGCAGGAGCCAGUGGAAGCUACCUCCGCUUGCCGUGGCUCAACCCUUACCCUGAAGCAAGCAUGUAUCCCUUUAUGGACUCAUCCAAGUAUGCGCUGAACAUGUAUAAAGCGUCUUUGCUGAGCCAACCCAACCCCUACCUUCCCCAGCACCUGGCCUUCCCCUCCCUGUGCACAGCUCAGGGGGGAAGCGUCAACCCCGCUGCGGUGACAUCUGCUGCUGAGAGAUUGUACUACAUGCCCCCAUAUCCGCAUUCUUCUAUCUCCUCGUCAUUGGUUGCUCCGCCUAUGAGGAUUCCAGCGGUCACAAUGGCCCCCACAUCAAUGGUACACUGUCAGGAUAAAGGGCUCAGCGUGGCACCUUCUUUUGCACAACAGAUCCAUCAACAAACCCCUCAUCCGCAGCAUCACCAGGCUGCUUUAGAUAGGGACCGGUCGCCUAGUCAAAGCAGCAGACCGAGUCGCUCUCCAUCGAGGAACACCUCGAUCAACAUCAGCACUAGCAGCAGUGGUAGUAGCGGCAGUAGCUCUAGCGGUGCCAAUGGGGGAACUAACAACAGCCUCCCGACUGAUUCAUCACCUCAUCCAUCCUCUCGCCUCCCACAGCCUCACCCGCCUUCUUCUGUCAUUGACAGUGCACCAGAUUUACAAAGACCUGUGGCUAGGAUAGGUCAGCUGCCCACCUCCUCCACUUCGUCGAUAGUCUCUUCAUCCACCUCCACUCAAUCCAUCCCUCAUCCCUUCUCCAUCAGCAGCAUGGCAUCAGAGCAACCUUCCCCUGCUCGGCCUAGUCCUCAUAAAUCCCGGUCAAGAGAUGUUGCGUCUGAACAUCGCGGCUCUGGGGAGGAAAGAAGACCAAGUAGGUCCCCCUCCAAGAACAGUUUUGACAGGACAGCUCAGCAACCCCCAGCAACCAAAGACACUGCUGAGAAGCCACUGGAUUUGUCCGGAAGAAUGAUGGAGUUUGGUCUGACUCCAAAUGGAUUCCCAGUAAAAAUGGACACUAUGGCGCCAGGUGCACGGUAUGGACUUUCCCCUGGAGGAGAACUCUUAAAAGAGAACUUAUCGCACUCUCCCUCCUCGCACCCUCACUCUGUAGUGAGCAGCACUUCUUCAAAGGUCUCCGAGAGGUCAGACAUGAUCAGCACUUUACACUCCUCCUGGGUGGUACCUAGCCGUUCCCCCUCCCAUACGCAGCACACCCCAGGCUUACCACCGUCUCCAAGACACAGCGCGGAUUUGGGAACUUCUCAAGCCAAAGUUUCUUCGCCCUCUGUCAUUAAACAUAAGGGUCUGGAGAGAGUACUUCCUCAGCAAAGGAGUUCGUCCUGUCCAAGAAUUGGGGAAUCAAACCAUCACAUUUCGUCUUCACAGAGCUCCGCCGGCUCCCUAGUCAACCCAAGCACUCUUUCCCCCAAGCCAAAUGGUGAGUGGGUCAAGCAGAGUACCGGCCAAUCAGAGCUGGCACCAAUCAUCGGCCACCGCAGAGAAGCCCCAGAGAAGUCCUCCCAGACUUCGAAGAGAAGUGAGACAACCCCAGACCUUUCCUCCUACAAAAGGCCGUGCUUAGAAAAUGGUCACCCUACUGCUCCACUUUACCUUCCUCAAGGUGAUGCAUACCUAAAUCAGAGUUUGGCCUUCACCAACAGGUACCUUCAUUACCCCAUCCCCGAUGGCAUGACACUGCACUCGCUGCCCAUUGCUGGGAAAACCCCAGUCUACCCGCAUCCUGUACUGCUAGGCAGCAACAGCCUUUACCCUGCCCACUUGGCAGCCAAACACCCCUUACCCUAUCAUAACCUCCCAGCUGGUGCAGGGGGAGAGUAUCUCACGUAUAACUCACAGGAGAUGACCCACCCGCUCAUGCAGCCUCAUCCAGACAGCAAGUCGUCAGAAAGGGGAGAAGCUAACUUGAAACCUAGAGGACAUGUUGAAGAAUGUGUGGGGCUGAGAGAUCAAAACAGCGGGAAAGAGAUGAGUGAAGGGAUCCAAUUAAAGCCUGAUAGGGAAGCAGGUGUACAAGGGCAGGGUAGCAAUCAACUCAAAUCCCCCUUCUCUUCUGUGUCACACAAAGAAAAUGUUGUCUGCAUCGACCUUGUACACUCAGACACAGACAUGGAGUCUACCCCGUCAGCGCAUAAACAACCUUGUGCUGACCCGAUCAUGAAGGUAAACCAAAAGGAAUGUCACCAUAAUAACCAAAACACAUCAAAGACUGAGUAUGAGCCAAAACAGCAUCCUGUUCCUCAUUCUUAUCCCAUUCUCUCUGGACAAAGCCCCGCUUUCAAGCCCAACAGCACAGACAGACUGCUAGAAUCUCCCAGUGGAAAGCCAAAGGACGCAGUGAGUGCAGAAGUCAUGUUGAACAUGCCCCCAACUUCCCCUGGAAAUGAAUCCCAAGCAGAGGAGAGCUUAGACGAACAGUGCCCCAGCCCAGAAGAGGGGGAGCAAGACCAGAGCACUUUGCGUUGCGCCCGCACGUCGGGGGAACGCAGCUCUGGUAAGGACAAAGGAGACAAAGAAAGUCGCUCUCAAUCCAAAUCUCAAAUUUGCACAGAUGUGGCUAAAGAGUCAGACCAAGAAAGCAUGACCGUGAAGGAAAAUGAAAAGGAGGACGGCAUUGUUGAUCUAGGGGAGUCUCAAGGAGAAGGGGAGGAGGAGGAAGAUGGUAGCCAGGCCUCAUCUAAAAGCUCACGUAAAUCAAGCCUUGCCAAAAGGAUCGCUAACUCCUCUGGCUAUGUCGGAGACAGAUUUAAGUGUGUCACCACGGAGCUGUACGCCGACUCCAGCAAGUUGAGCCGGGAACAGAGAGCUUUGCAGAUGGAAGUCAUAUCACGAGAGGGGAGUAAUAUAAGUCAACCUGCAGCUAACUGGGAGCGGGCAAUGAUGCGGUUCUCUGAGCUGGAGCUGAAGGAGAAGGAGGGCGGCGGUGUGUGUGUGUCGGCCCCGGCGGCAGGACGGGAGCUGGCAGACGGCCAGCGCAGAGAGCGACUGCUGGAGCCCAACCAACGCACCACCCGGCAGGGAGAGAAGGAGGGUGUCCGUCCCGCGUUCCCCUCCAACAGAGUUCCCGUCCUCCAGAGAUGUGCCAGUCAGAAGGAAGCUCCGUGCGCCGGUCGGGAGGCGGCCAGGCCCGCGAGCCAUGUCGGGCCAAAGGACGGCGGCAGGAAGGCAGGGGUGGACCCGGAAGGGAACCACUGCCUGCCGCCUACUUUGUCAGCAGCGAAAGGACUCUAUGAGGAGUGCGCCGCCAUCGCAUUCGGAGCUUCCAGAAAGCGACCGCUUAACCCCAAGCUGGAGCGGGACGAUCCCGAGCAUGAAGACGAACGGGCCAAUUAUCCAGAGAAAAGAGCCAGGAUUUUUAAAGAUGAGCCAGCCAGCGCCGAAGAAGACGACGACGAGGAGGUACGGAAGCUCAAGGUUUGCAUCGAGCUGAAAGGAUUGAGGCUCAGUAAGCCAGCAACGGGGCCUUCGUCACCGGACUGCCCCCAGAUCAAACAGGAGCGGCCCUGGACUCAGUCCAGAUCCCUGGCCUCGGUUCAAAGCCCUCGCGAGCGCAAGAUCAGGCCCGGGGAACAAGAUGACAGAGCCGCCGCUCAGAGAGCCGAGAUCAACAGGAAAUGGGGCUGCGAGAAGCUUCUUAAUGGAGUCGCCGCCGCCACCGCUCCCCUCCCCCCCAGCCAGCUGAAGGACAGAGUGCACGCACCAGGACUCUACUCAGGUGACCGUGGCCUCAAGGAGCCAAGAAGGGGCCCUCCCUCUCCGGCUCCGGAGCCGUCACCCGGAGACACCCCUCCCCACAAGCCUCACCGCUACAGCGACGGUGACAAACCCAAGGGCAAGCGGCCGUGCAAGACCAAGCACACCAGCCAGAGGGAGAGAGAGAGGAAGAAAGAGGCGGCAGCCAACAGCCCCGACCGGCACUCCGCAGCUGAUCUGGGCACAGCUGACAGUGACAAGCUGAUUGAGCAGCGCGGGGCUCCGAGGAAGAGAGCUGCCUCUCCUCAUCAUUAUCCCGGCUCUCCAGUCAAGCCGUGCUCCCCCGCCGCGCUCUGUCCACCCACCCUGCAGCCGCAGGCGGACGGCAGAGUGGACCGCGUCCCACCAGAGCCGGUGGUGGGGGCGCAGAGGACUCCCCCCGCCGAGCCCUCCGCCCUGCGACCGAUCCCGCCCGAGGCGCGGCGGCUGAUCGUCAACAAGAACGCCGGAGAAACCCUCCUCCAGAGAGCCGCGCGGCUCGGAUACGAGGAGGUGGUGCUGUACUGUCUGGAGAACAGAGUGUGCGAGGUGAAUCACAGGGACUACGCUGGCUACUGUGCUCUUCACGAGGCCUGCGCUCGCGGCUGGCUCACCAUCGUCCAACACCUGCUGGACUAUGGCGCCGACAUCAACUGCAGCGCACAGGAUGGCACCAGGCCGAUUCACGAUGCCGUCGAGAACGACCACCUGGACGUGGUUCGCGUCCUGCUCUCCUACGGAGCGGACCCCACUCUGGCCACCUACUCCGGCCGAGGUCUCCUCAAGAUGACCCACAGCGACAACAUGGAGCGCUUCCUAAAUGAUUAUUUCGCCGACCUUCAGGGCCGAUCCGAUGACGACCCCGGGAUUUAUUGGGAGUUCUACGGCAGCGCGGUGUGCGAGUCCGGCGAGGACGGCGCGGCCUACGACAUCCUGGCGGACCCGCCGGGCCCGGAGGAGGACGAGGAGGACGAGCGGCGGGAGGUGUUCGAGUUCGAGUUCUCUGACCGACCUCUGCUGCCUUGCUACAACAUCCAAGUGUCUCUUUUCCAGGGGCCGAGGAACUGGCUCCUGCUGUCUGACGUCCUGCGGCGGCUGCGCAUGUCGGCGCGCGGCUUCAGGCAAGCCUUCCCGCACAUGGAGGUGGUGACGGUGGCCGAGGCGGAGUUCUACCGACAAGCCUCUCUGUCGCAGCUGUUCUCCUGCCCCGAGGAGCUGGAGGGCUUUCACCCGGACAGCAAGGAGCUGCUGGACCUGGUGGAGGACAGCGCCGAGCUGGCAGCUCUGCUGGGCUCCACGCUGGAGUGUCUGGACGACCGCUGGGACCCGUCUCGGGAGAAGCUGAAGGAGAAACUGAAGACUGCCGGGCAGCUCGGGCUCAUCAUGACCCCUGGUCCAAAUAAACACUGACCUGGAUGGUAGCGGGAGGAAGAUUGCUUUAAAGUUCAACUGGGAGUUGCGAUGCCUUAGCCUGACCCUAGUUCCCACGCUUCAGCCUGCGCUCCGGCCCGGCGCUGACCCGCUGGCCCGCCCAGCACCGACAAGACUGAACCGUGCUCUUAUUUUUAUAGAUUAAUAUAUGUAAAAUGAAGUAAAUAUACGUGUACAUAAACCUAUAAAGAGGAACUGUUGCUCACAACUCGUCCGUGUAAAUGUGUGCCUGACCACAGCGGAGUUGUGCUGUCAGCAGCUGGACGAGGCGUCGCGGCGCGCAGCACAUCGUGCAUGUGUGUAGCUGUUCUGAGACCGUGCUGUUGAAUGUGGUAUUUGUGUUCACAGGAAGCACAUGAUGUUUUCUCUCCUCUCUCUCUCUCUCUCUCUCUCUCUCUCUCUCUCUCUCUCUCGCUCUCUCACUCUCUCAGACGUCUGUGCUUGCUUCAGCUCCAGGGGCUAUUUUGUUGUAAUUUUUGUAAUGUUCAGAUUGUGCUUCCUGUUUAGUCUGUAAUUUAACAUGCAGAACUGCAAAGUGGUUUGUAAAAUAAAGUUUUAUGGUAAUGUUGAUAUUCACCCUUUGGCAAAGAGCUUGUACAUAACAGUAAAGGCUACUGCAGUAAAGUAAUUUUUGUGUGUUCAUUUUUGUUUUACCUUUGUAAUUAAAAUAUCCCAUAAUUUGUAUUUAUAUUUUACAAAAGAAGUUGCUUUAAAAUAAAUAUACAAAC